CGGAGGAGACCAGCGGAUUCCGUUGGGAGGCUGUCGCUCAUCGCCAGACACUUUUGUGUGAAUCUGUCUCGGUUGUACUUUUAGGUUAACGGUGUCACCUCUGGCAUGAACCCACCGAGCCGCCACUCCUCUAUGGAUCUAAACUGGCCUGGAAUAUGAACAGGAGAAGAAAAUAAGCGGCGGCUGGCUUCCUGCGGGAUCUUGGCCAGGCUUUUUGUUUUUCCGUGGACAUGCCUGGUCUAUGGAGCGAAGCUGAGAGAGGCUAGCUGGCCGACAGUCCGGCUAGCGCAACAAUUUCAGGAUUUUUGAUGACUGUUCAGCCGAAAAGCUGAUUUAUUUUGGAUCGGCGCUGCAUUCCCUACCCGAGUAAGGAGUCAGCAUGGGGGAGCCCAGCCUGGACGACUCCAAUGUCAAGGUGGCUGUUCGUGUGCGGCCCAUGAACCGGAGAGAAAAGGAAUUAAACACAAAAUGUGUUGUGGAAAUGGUGAAGAACCAGACGAUUCUCCAUCCUUCGGGAGCUAACCUUGGAAAGGGAGACUCCAGGAGUCAGUCCAAGGUCUUUGCUUAUGAUUAUUGUUUCUGGUCUAUGGACGAGACGGAUAAGGAGAAAUUUGCAGGUCAGGAGGUGGUGUUCCAGUGCCUUGGGGAAAGUCUUCUCCACAAUGCCUUUCAGGGCUACAAUGCCUGUAUCUUUGCCUAUGGACAAACUGGUUCAGGAAAGUCUUACACCAUGAUGGGUUCAGGGGACCAGCCAGGAUUGAUUCCCCGCCUGUGCAGUGCUUUGUUUGAACGAACCCAGAAGGAACAGCGGGAGGAGGAGAGCUUCACUGUCGAGGUAUCCUACAUGGAGAUCUACAACGAGAAGGUCCGAGAUCUGCUCGACCCCAAAGGGGGUAGACAAACUCUGAGGGUAAGGGAACAUAAAGUUUUGGGUCCCUACGUGGACGGGCUGUCUCGACUAGCGGUGGCCAGCUACAAGGACAUUGAGUCUCUGAUGUCAGAGGGGAAUAAGUCCCGCACUGUUGCUGCCACCAACAUGAAUGAGGAGAGCAGUCGAUCACAUGCUGUCUUCAACAUCAUCCUCACACACACACUUAAAGAUUUGCAGUCUGGGACGAGCGGGGAGAAGGUGAGUCGGCUGAGUCUGGUAGACUUGGCUGGAAGUGAGCGAGCCGCAAAAACUGGAGCAGCAGGAGAGCGACUAAAGGAGGGAAGCAACAUCAACAAGUCUCUCACUACGCUGGGUCUGGUGAUCUCAGCUCUGGCUGAACAGGGAACUGCCAAGAACAAAACCAAGUUUGUUCCUUACAGAGACUCUGUUCUGACAUGGCUGCUGAAGGACUGCCUGGGGGGCAACAGUCGCACAGCAAUGGUUGCAACUGUGAGUCCAGCAGCAGACAAUUAUGAGGAGACACUUUCUACAUUGCGUUAUGCUGACCGAGCAAAGAACAUUGUUAAUCACGCUGUUGUCAAUGAAGACCCCAAUGCUCGCAUCAUCAGGGAGCUCCGGGAGGAAGUAGAGAAACUACGAGUACAGCUGACCCAGGCAGAGUCUCUGAAAGCUCCAGAGCUGAAAGAGCGUCUGGAAGAGUCUGAAAAAUUGAUUCAAGAGAUGACCAUCACCUGGGAGGAGAAACUCCGCAAAACUGAGGAGAUUGCACAGGAGCGCCAGAAGCAGUUGGAGAGUCUGGGCAUUUCUCUUCAGUCUUCAGGGAUUAAAGUUGGAGAUGAUAAAAGUUUUCUUGUCAACCUUAAUGCUGAUCCUGCCCUCAAUGAACUGCUUGUGUACUACCUAAAGGAACACACAAAAGUGGGUUCAGCAGACUCUCAGGACAUCCAGCUGUGUGGGAUGGGUAUCCAGGCAGAGCACUGUGUCAUCGAUAUAACGGCAGACGCUGCUGUCAUCCUUACCUCGCACCGCAAUGCUCGGACAUGUGUUAAUGGUUCUCCAGUAACCAGCGCUUUGCAACUUCAUCAUGGCGACCGAAUCCUCUGGGGAAACAACCACUUCUUUAGGAUCAAUCUGCCUAAGCGCCGCUCUCGUGCAGUUGAAGAUGAGGAGGGUGAGGGAGGUGUAAUGAAGAACAGUGGUAGCAAUGAACAGCUGGAUGCAGACGGUGACACAGCCAGUGAGGUGUCCAGUGAAGUCAGCUUCUCUUAUGAGUUUGCUCAGACAGAGGUCAUGAUGAAGGCCUUGGGCAACAAUGACCCCAUGCAGGCAGUCCUCCAGUCUCUGGAGAGGCAGCAUGAAGAGGAGAAACGUUCUGCUCUGGAGCGACAGAGGCAGAUGUACGAGCAGGAACUCCAGCAGCUCCGCAAGAAGCUCAACCCAGACCGUCUGUCCACAGGCCAGUCUGGAGGGCUGACGUCUGGCCAGCAAGGUCCAGGACAGCAGUCUCACUACCGUAGCCUGGAGAGACUCAGUAUGGGAGGGAUGACCCAUUCAUCCAGCGCCCAGAGCAGACUGAGGCAGUGGAGUGAGGACAGAGAGGUGGUGUUGGUGAGGAGUCUGCGGAGGUUGAGGGAGCAAAUAGUGAGAGCAAACCUCCUUGUGCAAGAAGCAUGUUUCAUUGCUGAGGAGUUGGAGCGACACACUGAAUACAGAGUCACUUUGCAGAUCCCAUCAGACAACCUCAACGCAAACCGCAAGAGGGAUGCAGUGCUGAGUGAGCCAGCAAUUCAGGUUCGACGACGCUGUCGAGGGAAACAGAUCUGGAGUCUGGAGAAGAUGGAGAACCGUCUGGUGGACAUGAGAGAGCUGUACCAGGAAUGGCAGGACUAUCACCUCCAUCAUCAGGACGACCCUGUAAUGCGCUCAUACUUUCGUCGAGCGGACCCAUUCUUUGACGAGCAGGAAAACCAUAGUCUGAUAGGUGUUGCCAACGUCUUCCUUUCCUGUCUGUUCUACGAUGUCAAGUUGCAGUAUGCUGUUCCCAUCAUCAAUCAAAAGGGAGAGGUUGCUGGGCGCCUGCAUGUGGAGGUUGUGAGGGUUGGAGGAGGCUUAGAGGACAACAUGGCUGGAGGAGAUGAAUCUGACAACAACCAAGACAAUGAAGUUCAAGAUCGCAAACUGGUUUGCAUGAUUAAGAUCCUGCAAGCCACUGGUCUUCCUCAGUACCUGUCCAACUUCGUCUUCUGUCAGUAUUCAUUCUGGGACCAGCCUGAGCCCAUCAUUGUAGCUCCUGAAGUUGACACAUCAUCCUCGUCACCCAACACCAAGGACCCUCACUGUAUGGUGGUGUUUGAUAGCUGCAAGGAGAUGGCAGUGUCAGUGACUGAGGAUUUCAUUGAGUACCUCACAGAAGGGGCAGUUGCCAUUGAGGUCUAUGGACACAGACAGGCUGAUGCAGGGAGAAACCCUGCCCUAUGGGACCUCAGCAUCAUCCAGGCCAAGACACGCACACUACGAGACAGGUGGAGUGAGGUAACACGUCGUCUGGAGUUAUGGAUUCAAAUCCUGGAGAUAAAUGAAAACGGAGACUUCGUCCCUGUGGAAGUGGUCCCUGCUAGAGAUGUGCGGACUGGGGGAAUCUUCCAGCUUCGGCAGGGUCAGUCGAGGCGAAUCCAGGUAGAUGUGCGUUCAGUUCAGGACUCGGGCACGAUGCCUCUGAUAGCAGAGAUUAUGCUUGCAGUGUCCGUGGGCUGUGUAGAGAUCAGAAACACCACAGCAAACCAGGAAGGAGACGAGAUGGACAGUUAUCAGGAAAGAGAUCUGGAACGUUUGCGGCGGCAGUGGUUAGCUGCUCUCACCAAGAGACAGGAAUACCUUGACCAGCACUUGCAGAGCCUGGUUAGCAAAGCAGAAAAGACAGAGGACGACAUGGAGAGGGAGGCCCAGCUGCUUGAGUGGCGCUUGACUCUGACAGAGGAAAGAAACGCUGUUAUGGUGCCCUCUGCUGGCAGCGGCAUUCCUGGAGCACCCGCUGAAUGGGUUCCUUUGCCAGGCAUGGAGACUCACAUUCCUGUCCUCUUUCUGAACCUCAAACCUGAUGACCUCAGCUCCCAAGACCAGUUUGAGGUCCCUGAGGCUGGAGGUUGGGAUGCCACCUUGAGUGGGGAGGAUGAAGAUGACUUCUUUGACCUACAAAUUGUGAAACACUACGAUGGAGAGGUGAAAGCAGAGGCAUCAUGGGACUCUACUGUCCAUGACUGUCCUCAGCUCAGUCGUGGGGGAGCAUGGCCAGAGCAGCGCGUCUAUCUGACUGUUCGAGUGGUGGUUCAGCUCAGCCACCCUGCCGAUAUGCAACUAGUGCUAAGAAAGAGGAUCUGUGUCAAUGUUAACCCGGGUCGCCAGGGUUUUGCCCACAACUUUCUCAAAAGGAUGUCAAGCCGCAGCACUAUACCUGGUUGUGGAGUCACAUUUGAGGUGGUCUCCAACAUCCCUGGGGACACUCCUGGUUCAGAGGACAGGGAGCUGUUGGCCCGACUUGCUGCCAGUGCGCACAAAGGCCAGUCAGGUGACGACGAGGCUGCCAUUGAGAAAUACCUCCGCAGUGUCCUGAGUCUGGAGAACAUCCUCACUCUGGAUAGACUCAGACAGGAGGUGGCAGUGAAGGAGCAGCUGACAACCAGAGGGAGGAGUAAUAGAAGAAGCCUAAGCUCUCCUUCUGUCCACAGGCUGUCUGGAAGCAGACAAGACCUGUCCACAACCUGCCUGCUGGAUGAGAAGGGUCGAUGGGAGAGUCAGCAGGAUAUCUUUAUGCACUCUCAAUUUCACCGCACCCUCCCCCGGCCAGCCUCGUCCCCUUCCACCUACUCCACCUCCCCUUCUUCAUCCCCUACUCCCUUCGCCAUGACCCCCCCACAGAACCAGGAACCAGAGCAAGGUCGUUUAGGACUUGCUGCCUCUUAUCUUUCAGUUAAAGCGCUGGUUCCUCAGAUGCCCAAACUGCUCAAGUCUCUGUUUCCAGCACGAGAUGACAAGAAGGAGCUGAGACCUUCACCACACAACCAGCAGCACGUGCCUCGCAUUGUGACGUCAUCAGGAGGGGACGACAGCCGAGUUAAGACUGAAACGACUGCUAUUCUACGGCCCCCAACCAAAGACAGACGAGCAGAGUUCCCAGAGGUCCCUCCUCUUCCUGUGCAUGACCCGCAUGACACCACCCCCCUCAGCCCCCUCAGCCAAUCGUCGAGCGGCUACUUCUCCACUAGUGUUUCAACAGUUACCCUGUCUGACGUUCUCCAACCCUCCUCCUCGUCUUCCUCCCUCAUGGCUGCUGAGACUACGUUACUCACAAAUCCCCAGCAGCAGGGUGCUGACAGGGACGAUAUUGUGACCUCUCCUUCUCAGUGUGGCCCCAAGAUGGCCAUCAUGGCUCCGCCUGUUUCCCACAGCUCAGCCAAUCACAACAACAUCACAACGGAAAUGUCCUUCUCCGAACAGAAGCAGGUAAACUCAGGAGGAAGAGGAGAAGGUGAAGGCUUUGAGAGGCUAGAGAUCUUGGUGGAUGAUGAAGAGCAUAGUCAUGACGACGUACUGCCUGAUUGGCUGACAGAGGGGGCGUAUGUUACAGUAGGAAGCAAUAAGGCGGGGACUGUGCGCUACGUGGGAAUGACGCAGUUUGCUGAUGGAGUGUGGGUGGGGCUGGAACUGGACACUCCUGUAGGUAAGAAUGACGGCUCAGUCGGAGGUCAACGGUAUUUCCACUGUAAACCAGGUUACGGGGUGCUGGUCCGCCCAGACCGGCUGUCCUGUCGUGAUCAGACCAGUCGGCGGACAGGAAACUUUGCCCCUCCUGCCCACGUCCCCAUCCUGAGAGGAGAAGCCAUUGUUGCACGCCGGGGGGAGAACCGCAAGUCCUGGAGCAGCUGAGACAGGAAAACUAGGAGCUGGAUAGGAGAGAUGAACUCCCACAGUCCUCCUCCUCCUCCUCCUCCUCCCCCCUUCCUCUCCUCCCAGCUAUGCAACAGGCUCACACAUCAGAACUGACCUACUGCCUAACCUCCUGUAGUUGGAAACUACUCUCACUACAUCCGUUCACAGGGAAUGGAUGGACACAGAAUGAAGACAGUGAAGAGACCUGUCAGAACAAAUGCAAGUGAGUUGAUGAAAGACUAUGCAGAGUAUGUAGAAGUCCGUGGAAGGACUGUUCAUCAUGUGGGAAGAUAAUGCUAAGUAAAUAGCGGUCUGUGGGAAGACUGCUGAGAGUGAACAGAAGCAUAUUUGGGAACAUAUUUGGACGCGGAGCUGUGGAUUAGACACUACAGGCUGGAUGAUUUGCCUCAGAGGUGCUUUCUGAACUGAUAUACAGGGAUGCAAACUAGUCACUGUCACAGCCUAUUAUUUGUUUGGGAAGGGAAAGGCACCUUUUUUAGAGUGAAAAAGUCUGUUUUGUCGUUGGACAAUGGCUAAUGGUUUUUCGUGCGUCCUCCUUUAUUUUUUGUCCAACAAUUUCUCUCCAUUUCAAUAUUAUUCCCUUUGAUGAUUCUUUCUUGAGACCCCUCAUAUAUACAUGGGAAAAUCAAAAUGAGGUCAAACAGAUUUAUGGCCACAAUUUGACAAGCUCAAAACAAAACGGAAAAGACCGAAUAGUUUUUAAAUUUAAUUUAUUUUAUCUGUGUUGUCUUGAUGUUAUCUGGAUGUAUGUCAUGCUGUGACAGAAUGCCUUUUCACAUGUGAUGUGUUUGCAUCCCUGCAUAUUAUGUCUUUACUUUGUGUCCCUGAGACUCCAUAUGUCCCAGAAUUCACCCCUACGGCCGCCACUCUCCUGAACUCUCCAGGUCCAGUUUGCAGACUUACCCUUGACUCGCUGAGACUCGUCUCUCCCUCCUGGACUCUUUCUUUUGAAGAUAGAGCCUCCCAGAAUGUGCCUUCACCAUGGCUUGGUUUGCAUUGGUUUUUCGGUAUAUUUAAUUUCUGUUAGCUGUGUUUGUGUUGAAAAGAAUGCCUUGUGCUAAGUUUGAGGUGAUCUCAGGGACUGCAGAGGGGAAAGGACAAGGUGGGGCGUGCGUGUCUGUGUGUGUUUGUAAUUGUUGUACAGUGUUGCACAAGUAAGUUUGUAUUGUUGUUGUAUUGGUGUUAAAGAUUAGCUGUGUAGAACUGAAAGAGUCUUGUCCUCAUCGGACAAAGCCACUAUGGGAGCAAACUGCUCGUACUGGGAGGCUUUAAAAGUCAAUUUGCACUGGAGACGUUGGAUUUAAAGCUUCUGUAUGUGAACAGAAUGUGUCUGUAGUUAUGAUGCAGCGAGACAGAGGGCUGUUCUACGAAGCAGCUGAGGUAAUGUGAACAUAUUUGAUGACUUCUGUUCUUGUAAGCAAAGUCCCUGGUCAUCCUUUGUAAGUGAAUGAUGGCAUUUGGACACCUGGAGGUGCUGUUUGAGCAGCGUGUUGGUGGCAAUGGGCCUGAGUAUGUGUUAAGGUAAAGAAAGUGACUUUUGUGUGGGAUAUUUCAAACUUGAGAAGAGAAAUGAUUUGCUUCUAUGCAUUUGAUCUUUUUAAAGAUAACUGAGUUUCUCUUUUGUUUCUAAAAACUGACACAACUGGGAGAUGAGCUCCAAGUACACUUUGGGAAAGUAAUAAACCCAGCAGCAGUUCUGCCUGAUUGAAUAUCCCUGACACAUCUGCUGAAGAAAAUACAAGACCAUGUGGCAAAUGUUGGGAUUGUUCUGAAUUAGUUUUUUAAUAAGCAUUCCACAGGACUGUAACAUUUUCACUGACCUUAUCCCUGUGCAUGAAUUUAUGGAAAUUCAGUUCAGCACACAGCAGCACUGUUUACUUUCAUGUAGAUGUACACAUGUGCUUGCAGUAUUUUUCCAUAAGCUAAAGGGACACUUCACCUCUGCCACAAAUGAAGCUCAGUUAAUUUCUCGUACUGUGAAAACUACUGUAGCUCAGGAAGGGCUUUUGUAAGUCUGAGAAACAACAAUGUCACCAUGGCUGUCUCAUCGUGUACGAGGUUGCAUUGUGGGAGAUGUAGGUUUAAUGGUUUUGGAGUGAGACUCAUUGUACAAUAUGAAAGUUUCUCAGCUUCUGCUGUUUUGAUUUGAACAGUUCUUGGAAUUGUUACAUUAAAUCUCUGGACUUAGCUAAUAUUAAGAUUAAUGCAUUAGACUGAGGUCAGUGGAAAUGUGCAGUGUGAGUGUUAGAGUGAUGCUGUCUCACCGAGUGAGCAACAAGCACGAGAUGAGUUAAAGGUGGAAAAUCAAUAUUUUGUCUUUGCUUGGGACACUUUACAAAUUGAUUACAGAAACUCUCAGUUUAUAUCCUGUUGAUGACAAACCUGAAUACAAUAGUGGACAUGUUACUGAUGUCUGUUGAUGGAGGUUUUGCCGUCUGUAGCUGUUUUUCUAUGGUGACAUUCAGUUUAUCCAUGUAUCCUAAGGAGUCACUGAUGUAACGAUGCUUCUAAAUACAUCAUGUGGAAUACUGUGUAUGUUAACACAGUCAAUAUGUCCAACACUAUCGUCUUUAUGAAUACAUUAUGCUUUUCAUUCAUUUUAUCAUGCGUCUCCUUAAUUUUAGAGGCGUGACUUUACUAUUUAUAUUAAAAUGCUUGUACACAUGCCUUUAUCGCAUGAAAAUUGAUAAAGCCUUUUUAUGUUAAUAAGUAUUGCACAAAUGAUUUCAUGAAAAUUGCUGCUAUUAGCAUUGUAAAUUUAACUGUAAAUGGAUCAAUUGAUUGAAUCUAACACUCUCUAUCUCUUACUGUGCACUAGAUUGGAUUUUAAUAGUUUGUUUUUGAGUCUCAAAUGGACAAACUGAAGUCAGAACUUUUGGUUUAGUGGCAAAUAUCAUUUUUACAUAAUGGUAAAAUUCCUACAAAUGAGGCACUUUGUCAUGUAAGCCUUGAAGAAGAGAUGGCUAGAAUAUUUUCUGGGUGAAAAAUCACUUGUGUAUUGAUUUCUAAAGAGAAACAAGGAAACUUUAAUAUUGGAGUUGCAGUAAAUUAAAAUAUGAGACAAGGCACAAUAUAUCACCAUAGUCUAGUUUAUUAUCUGUGUAUUUAUUAUCUGGCCUUAAAGCCCAGGACCCUGGAGUCCUCUGACUGGUUGGUGGCUGUCUGGUAUGUUAUCGAUGGGCAGGUUGUGAAGUGUUUUGCAGGUUGGUCUCUUGUUGGGUUAGUUAGUUUUUAUAUAUAUAAAAAAUCUAUAUAAUAUCGUGGUUUAUAACAGUUAUGGUAAUGAAGGAAGGGAGUGAAGUUUUGUUGUGUGUCUGUGUGUGUGUGUAUAUGUGUGUGUGUAUAUGUGUGUGUGUGGGUUGGACCUGGCUCUGAUUCAGUUGUGUCUGUGAGUCCUUGCCAAGAUGGGAAAUGACCACCAGCUGCCACUUCACUUACAGUUCUUGGGGCUUUCACUGAGAGCAACAAACCUUCAACAUCCCUGCUCUUUCAAAAAUAAAAAAGUAAAGUCCCAGUGUUUGUGGCCAGUGGAUUUUCCCGUCCUGGUCUCUGCUCAGACACUUUUUUUUCUUUAGGGGUUUGAGAUCACUUCAGGCUUCUGGAUGUUCCUUUAUGUUAUUGUGCCUCAGAAACCAUGUGACCAUGUAUCCUCCACACACUGUUCUCAUAUCAAUGCUUCUAUUAAUUUGCACAACAGUCUCCAGAGGGAAUUGAAGAGUUCAUUACUGGAACACAUGUAUAUAGAAUAAGAAAAUAUAACCUUUUUUAUGUGUUCUCAAGUUACCUGUUCUUUCAGUUUGAUAUUGGAGGUUUUGGAGCAAUAUUCUUCAACUAUACUCCUUGACUCACUGCUUAACCCUUUAUUAAAUCAAAAUAAGAGAAACUGGUUAAAUUUUAAGGAAGUGUUCUACAUGACAGCAGAGCUAAGCUCAAAUAUAGUGGUAAGAUAUGACAAUGUGUCUUUACUUCCAGCGCACACCCUCUCUGUAACUCUCCUCCACAACAUCUACAGAGCAACAAGAGCCAUUUCAACAUGAAACUGCACAAAGAGAAGAAUACUACUCACUGUUUGGAUCAGGAUGCAUCUAAAGUCAUAAUUCAUUUCAGUGGUCUCCACUUCUGCUACUGCAGAGGUCAGGGCAAAGUCAGCAGGGUCAGUUAUCUGACAACAACCAUCAGAACCACAUUCACAACUCUGUUUUUUAUUUCAUGUGAUUUGGAUCGAAGCAUGUUCAGCCUCGAUUGAUCUGUAGGAGUCUUCAGCCCUUACAGUGCUUCUGUUUUUUUUGUUGGUUUCUAUUGUUUUCUUAAGUGCUUUUAUUUUUCUUCUGAUGCCACCUCAUAUCUUUGCGCUGCCUGUUGCAUUUUUGUAGUUCUGUGUAACUACAGCGUCGCCGGUCCAGAGCAGCCCCUGCCUUAACCUGGCCUUCCCUGGAACCAGACUGGUUUUAGCAGGAACAAUCUCAGCUCCCUAACAGAACAUGCUGUACUCCACAGUAGCCCUUCAGUAUACUGUGUUUUUAAAGAAGGCCAUUCCAAAACUAUAGAAACCAUUCUGGUUUACUGUAUAUAUUUAAAAACGACUGAAAGAGUCUCUACUGAAAGAAUUGUUUUAUGGCUCACAGGAGCUGUCAGGUUUUUUACUAUCUGGAUUUCCAUAUCAUAUUUUUAUGUGCAUUUUAAAGUAAUGUCUUAGAAAAAGUUAACUGAAACAACAAAAUACAAACUUGGCUCCCCAACAUUGUUUGAACCAAAUGGAGGUAUUUUGAACUUUUUCAAAAAAGAGGUAACGUGCACAGUGGGACAUGGAAAUACCUUUUCUAGAUAUGUUUUGAUGUCGAAAACAUUUAAGUCAUACAGCUGAUCAGCUGUUUCCACCUUCCUAGUCUGCACUGCAGCCAUACGUAUCGAAGCCUGUAGCGCCACCUUGUGUCCACACUGCACAGCUUAGUUUAUUUGUUCCAAAGAGGUUAAACAAGCCUAAUUAACUUUUAAUUUAGAUUUAUUGCAACAUUUCUAAAGUUCUGUUUGAAUUUGCUUGACAGUUGCACAGAUAAGUGGCUGUUUCAGUUUAAGGAAGGCUAAUGUGUUGCCCCCUAAUGGCUGCUGGGAAACCUGUACCAGAAAAAGUCUGACUUCCACACAGUUCUUGAUACAUACAAGACAGCUGGAAAAUCAUUGAAACUAUAACCCACCACCUUCCUGCAGCAGCGUGCAGAGCAGAUACCUGGGAUCGAAUCAGAUCUUCUGUUCGUGUCUUUGGAUUUGUGUUGGACUAGAAUGUAUUUUCCUGCCCUGGUAGUGAAUUUUCACGCUGUAACUACCUCUCUCCUGCUCUGGGUCACCUGUUCUUGGCUCUACCACCUUGUUUUUUUUUUGCCGACAGUUACACGUGCUUCACUACUGACCUGGCUGCAACCAAUUCUUCUUUCUGUGUGUUUUCAAAUACUAGAAUAAACAACACAAACAAGCAAUAUGUAGCCAACAAAUGACGCCGUGCAGCCUUGUUGCAGGUGCAUAUUAUUAUUUUUAUUUAAUUUUUGGCAGUGUGGUGUGCUUUCCAGGAACACUCAGAUACAACUCCUCCUGGUGCAUUUUAAAGCCUGUUGAUAUCAAUAUUCCUUCGAGGUACCAGCAGCCAUAUUUAGCUGAGCUGUGUAAUGAUGGAGGGCUAAUAGGAGCUUAAGGAGAGGGUUUGGUGCUUGCUAAGUCAGGGAGAUUACUCCUGCUGUUACUUCUGCAAAAAUAAAAAUACCCUCCAGUCCUGUAACUUUCAGCUGAAGAAAUGAUAAGUUCAACAUGGCCUCGGCCUGGUCAACAGUAUUACUAUUGGUCAUCCUAACUAAUCAUUUACAAUCACUGUCAUCUGUAUGUGUGAGUGCACCAUCAGAGUGCUGGUUCUAUGUAUGUAUGUAUGUGUAUAUAUGCGCAUAUAAAGACUUAUAAAGAGAAAAAUCUGAGCACAAGUUUGGGUUUUGAUUAAUUUAAUUGUUUUAUGUAAAUCUAUGCUGCAAUCCAAAGAAUAAAUGUGUAUUAUAAUACA